UGACAUUAAGUUAUCAUUGAAUAACGCUUCAAAAUGGUAACGUAACGUUUUGUAAAUAAACAUGAACUCAUGGAAUAAUUGACUAAAUGUAUUAUUCAUAUUACUAUCAAGUCCCACGAACAAAAUUAAAAUGUGGUAUUCAAAUAUUCUUGGAUAUUUAAGAUCUGAAAGCAUCGAGAUGUUGGAAUACGCCAAGUGUGGUGACAGUACCAUCUCGAUGAUACCGACAGCGAUCUGGACAGCUGGCUCGGCUGCACUCGCUCAAAGGCUUAUAUCAGCACUCUUCAGGAGAUUCAUGUUCCGACGGAUCCCACUGUGGGAGAUCAUACUACAGCGACUUCUAUUCAUCUGGAUGGUUAUAUACAGCAUACACUUCUGGCUGAUUGUCGUCAACGUCAUAAAAUUGCUCAUUGAAUACUGCUACCAAACGAACUCGGGUGUGAUGACGUCAGAGGAGUUGGAGCAGCAGUAUUUGAUGCAGCAAUGGACUGUAUGGAUGGUGUCCGUGAUGCCCGCCGUGCUCUUCGCCCACACUAGGAACAAGGACACGACGCCACCGCCCAUAAUAUGGAUAACCACAAGCCCGUGGCAACGUCGCGAAAUGGGUGCGUACGGGUACUACCUCGACCGACCCUUCUCGUCUCUGGAACCACCUUCUACGACAGUUCAACAACGAGCGCUCACCUUGAGAAAAGCGUUCAGUGACUCCAAAACUAUCAUCAAAGAGCCGCCGAGAAAAAGACGAUAUUCCAAAUCUGUAUAGACUAUAGACAAUUUGAAAUUUUAAAUAUAUC